CCAGAUAAGGUGAAGAGCCACAGCCAGCCGUGUGGUUCACCGUCAGUCACCAAGGCAGCCAUGAGGUUCAUCGUCGUUGUACUAGCCCUGGUUUUACUGGCCGUGGGGACGACUGCGCAAAAUGAGAAAGAGUGCACACCAGGAGAGACGAAGAAAGAGGACUGCAACUCGUGUUUUUGCAGUGCCGAUGGCUUUUGGGGCUGUACCCGCAUGGCAUGUCUAUCGUGGCAGACAGCUUCGACAACCAGUGACACAGCCACCAGAGUGAGGCGGUCUGAGAGACAGUGCACUCCCAACACGACGUUCAAGAAGGACUGCAACACAUGCUACUGCAACAGCGACGGGACAGCGGCUAUCUGCACCGCCAAGGGCUGUCUGUCGCGCUCCACAAGGGAAGUGUCGUGCACCCCCGGGACUACAUACAAGGAGGGGUGUAACACUUGCCGCUGUCUCGCAGACGGGAAGUCCGGAGCCUGCACCAAGAGAGCCUGUCCCAUAGAUAGCAACUGAAGGCUGAGCAUUGUGUAGUCGCUCUGCACGUAGCUGCAAAGUCUUGCAAAAUUAUUUUAGUCCCUGCAUCUCUAGACCGAUUCAGUUAAAUCAGUUAUGUGACUCUUCUUUAAUUACUUUCUUCUACUUCUAAUCAAACAUAGAUUUUUUUUCAUUUAGUUCAUUAGUGCCGCUUUUGCUUGAACCUUGUCCAUGGUUCGGCACGCCUUUGGAUUUGUGAUUAUAGGCUUAUUAAUAUAACUUAAUGAAAUUAUUUUAUGUUAAAUACGUGCAUUAAUUGUAAAAUAAUGUGACCCAAGGGUUCUCUAUCGGUAAUCAAUCAGUAACAUAUAAAAGGACCAUUGCGCCAGCUACUGCAAUGUAAUUACAAAAUUUUUCCAGCGCUUACAUAUUCUAUGGAAACAUCUUGUUCCCGAAAACAUAUCAAUUACUUGCUGUUAGAAGAAAUUCAUCUGUUUUAAAUAUUAAAAAAAAUACUUCAAAGUGAUUUUAUUGCGCGAAUCUGUUCUCUUUUCUUAAGGUAACGUUUAAUACGGCAUAUGAAAAAUCUAAUAAAAGGUGUGUGAACUGUGGUUUCAGAUCGACGGUACCAGAAAAAUCAGCCUGUGGCCGAAACAAAACGGACGAAUUGUAUUUUCAAAUGUUUUAUAGCAAAACGUAAGCGAGAAGCAAACGUUGAAUACGGCAUAUGAAAAAUCUAAAAAAACGUGUAUGAACUGUGAUUUCAGAUCAACGGUACCAGAGAAAUCAGCCUGUGGCCGAAACAAAACGGACGAAUUGUAUUUUCAAAUGUUUUACAGCAAAAUGUAAGCGAGAAGCAAAGUUUCUCUCAGCAAACUGUACUAUCUUCUUUUGUCUCCAUCGAACUGGGCAUAUGU